CCCGGCAGACUGCCUAUUCCCGGAAGAGCGUCUCUCGGUACGCCAGCGAGGCUAGUUAAUAAUUACUGCCGUAAAGCCAGGCUUAAAAUAAGCCACGCCAGAUCUGAUUAAACGCCACAUGCAGGCAUAAAUAAUAUACAUCGUUAUAGAUAUCCAGAUAGCUGGUCUUGCAAGCGCAGCUGAAGUGGAGCACAGAUAGGUUUUCUGGUUUAGUGAUUGUUAGCUAGCGGAGCUGAAGGUCUCGCGGGCUCCGUGGCCUUGUCUUUCUGCUGACACACUAACCAGUGGCUGGAUUAAAGCUUUAAUAAGUUCUGCCGCAUCAAUCAGGAGCCCUGCAGCAGGAUUGGACUACUAAUCGACAUUCCCCGUUAACGGCCCUGUGUAUAGCAUCACAGGACGUUGAUUAUUUCCUGUGGGGUAAGGUGGGGUCUCUGGGGAGCUUUCGGUUUGUCUUCCCAUGACAACGCGACACCAUGGCAGCAACGGCUCCAGCAGCGAUGCCGAGUGCCGAGUCUCGGAGGAGGAGCGGAACAUGGAGGACAUGGAGCUUACUGAGCUCGGACCGCUGCUGACGAGUCCAAACGACCAAACGACCAAACCCAGAGGUGCAACUGCUUACCCGAGUGAGGAGGAGGAGGAGGAGGAAGAGGAUGAUGACAAUGAUGAGGAGGAUGACUUGCGUGUGGUAACACUGCCUUUGCAGGCUCACCAUGCCAUGGAGAAAAUGGAAGAGUUCGUACACAAGGUAUGGGAAGGGCGCUGGCGAGUGAUUCCUUUCCACUUGCUUCCUGAUUGGCUAAAGGAUAACGACUACCUACUUCAUGGUCACCGGCCACCCAUGCCGUCUUUCCGAGCCUGCUUUGGAAGCAUCUUCAGGAUCCAUACAGAAACAGGGAACAUCUGGACGCAUUUACUGGGUCUGAUCCUGUUCCUCUGUCUGGGCACCCUGACCAUGCUGCGGCCGAACGUGUCGUUCAUGGCUCCUCUGCAGGAGAAAGUGGUGUUCGGGAUGUUUUUCCUGGGCGCCGUGCUCUGCCUCUGCUUCUCCUGGCUCUUCCACACAGUGUACUGUCACUCAGAGAAAGUGUCCAGGACAUUCUCUAAGUUGGACUACUCGGGUAUAGCUUUGCUGAUAAUGGGCUCUUUCGUGCCGUGGCUGUACUACUCGUUUUACUGCUCUCCGCAGCCACGCCUCAUAUACCUCUCCGUGGUGUGUGUGCUGGGCAUCGCCGCAAUCAUCGUGGCACAGUGGGAUCGCUUUGCCACUCCACGCCACAGACCUACACGUGCAGGUGUGUUCCUCGGCCUGGGUCUUAGUGGCAUCAUUCCAACAAUGCACUUCACCAUCGCUGAGGGCUUCGUGAAGGCAACAACAGUAGGUCAGAUGGGCUGGUUUAUCCUAAUGGGCGCCAUGUACAUCACCGGAGCCGGUCUAUAUGCAGCACGCAUCCCUGAACGCUACUUCCCUGGGAAAUGCGAUAUCUGGUUCCAGUCUCAUCAAAUAUUCCACGUUCUGGUCGUGGCUGCCGCUUUCAUUCACUUCUACGGAAUCUCUAACCUGCAGGAGUUCCGCUACGGCCUGGGAGGAGGCUGUACAGACGACUCCCUCCUCUAAACAUCUCCAUCUUCUUUUUUUCCGCUCGCUUUCCUCUCGUCACCUCAACACCGAAGCGACGAGCAUUCUGUACAUUUCUUGAUCAGCCAUGGUUGGAAAGAGAUGUUGUACUCCACUGCCUACCCUGCACUCACUGAUCAAAAACUCUCCGAAGAUUGUUAUUGACUUUAAGGGAUUAUUAUCUAUAUUUUAAAAGGUUUAUACAAUCAUCGACGUGUUUUAUUGUUGUAAUACUUGAAGACAUAAUAAGUAAACCAUACUACUCAGUUAACGGAAUACUCCAGCAGUUUUUCAACCUAAAUCUCUACUGACUAGCAUCUGUAGAGUAUGUGUGAAUACCACAGGCAGGAAUUGUGACAUGAUUCCCUGUAGUGAGAGUGAGAGAAAGAGAGAGAGAAAAUAAACAACUUCCUUAUUCUGAACUUGUCAUAAUGUUACAGUGAUCCUGAGUGUUAGGAAAGUCUUGGAGCAACAAUAACACAAGCAUGGUUUGAUAUAGAAUAAUACAUCUGUCCUAUUCUUUGAAAUAAAAGAUCUUAGGAUGAGAUAGUUUACGGAAGAAUGACUUAAUUACAUGUUCAUAGUUUCUCUUUCAUUGUUUUGUGGUAUUCGGGGCAAAAGGGAACUGAGCUGCUUGUGUGUUUCUGUCUAUGCUGGUAAAGUAAUACCACAGAUCUUCCCGUCUGUUCUGUAGAAAUACAUUAUUUGCAUAAAGUGUAUUAACUGCCUGAGGCGUAAAGCAAAAAAAAAAUCUUUCUUUCCUCAAUACAGGGAAAUGUAAAUUCUUGUUUAUGGUUGUUACGCAAGCACUACUUUAUAUAAUAGAUGGAUAUUUGGUUGAAAAACUUGGACUAUUUAUUUAGGCAUUUGUUUAGGUCAGUUUUCAAGGCGCUGUCACACUGCUGGGGGGAGAAUAUAUAUCGAGAGGCAUUUAGUCAAAGACCACUGAGAGUUGUGUGAGAAGUGCUACUUCUUCCUGUCUUGUUCAGUCUAUACACACUGUUUGAUAAACAUGCUCCGGAUCUGAGAGCAGUAGCUACAGUCAUUGGGCAGGGCAGGUAUCUAGAAACUAUGGAAACAGGUAUAAAAUAUUAACGUCUUUCAUCUGCUGUAAAUGAUUUCAUGUAAUAAUCUGUAGAGUUUGUGAGACAAUUGAAUUUUUCCUAGAUAAAUUUUUAAAUGUUUCCUUG